AGAGAGAAUUAAGAUGGAGACGUACAGAUACUUUGGGAGAUUGUCCUUCCAUUGGUUUGUUUUGUUGGCUUUUGUUUGCAUUUUAGUUCCAAGAGCUCAAGGAUGGAGCAAAGAGGGUCAUAUUAUGACGUGCCGGAUUGCGCAGGCACUUCUAAAGCCCGAGGCCGCAGAAGCUGUUCGAAAUUUACUACCUCACAACGUUGAUGGUGAUUUAUCAGCUCUCUGCGUAUGGCCGGAUCAGGUCAGGCAUUGGUACAGAUACAGAUGGACUAGCCCGCUUCACUUCAUCGAUACACCGGAUAAUGCUUGCACCUUUGACUACUCAAGGGAUUGUCAUGAUCAACAUGGCGUGAAGAACAUGUGUGUUGCUGGUGCCGUCCAAAACUUCACCUCUCAGCUUUCACACUACACAGAAGGAACAUCUGACCGUCGAUAUAAUAUGACUGAGGCCUUGCUUUUCUUGUCACACUUUAUGGGAGAUAUCCAUCAGCCAAUGCAUGUCGGGUUCACGACAGAUGAGGGAGGAAACACGAUAGACUUGCGUUGGUACAAGCACAAAUCCAAUCUUCACCAUGUAUGGGAUAGGGAGAUUAUACUACAAGCUAUGAAGGACUACUAUGACAAAGACAUGGAACUCCUCCUACAAGACAUACAGGGGAACAUCACAGAUGGAAUCUGGUCUGAUGAUGUUACAUCAUGGAAACAUUGCGAUGAUCAACAUUCAUGUAUAAACAAGUAUGCUACGGAGAGUAUAAACAUAGCUUGCAAGUGGGGUUACAAGGACGUUGGGGGUGGGUGA